ACAGAAUGCAUGGACUGGGGGCUACAUUGCCGGAACUGCCAUUGCAACUGCGGCCAACCAGUUUCCUGCUCAUGACCCCUAACUCUGACCUUCAGAGUCUAGAUUGGUUUACCCGACUCAAGUCGAUGUCGAUAUGGUUUCCUUGACCCAGAUACUGCUUCCCUGAACCUGCAGAAUUCAGGCUCAACUGUUUUUGGUGCCCAAAGUCAUAAAGUCACCAGUCUUUACCACUGGGACAAGAAAGGAUGUCAUCAAAAGGAUUAGGCUCCAUAUAUCCACCUUCCCCUGGGAAAGCCUCCCCAGUACCCUCCCAGUAUGAGAGAAAGAGAGAGAGAGAGAGAGAGAGAGAGAGAGAGAGAGAGAGAGAGAGAGAGAGAGAGAGAGAGAGAGAGAGAGAGAGAGAGAGAGAGAGAGAGAGAGAGAGAGAGAUAGAGAGAGAGAGAGAGAGAGAGAGAGAGAGAGAGAGAGAGAGAGAGAGAGAGAGAGAGAGAGAGAGAGAGAGAGAGAGAGAGAGAGAGAGAGAGAGAGAGAGAGAGAGAGAGAGAGAGAGAGAGAGAGAGAGAGAAGAGAGAGAGAGAGAGAGAGAGAGAGAGAGAGAGAGAGAGAGAGAGAGAGAGAGAGAGAGAGAGAGAGAGAGAGAGAGAGAGAGAGAGAGAGAGAGAGAGAGUCAUGGUAUAUAAGGCUCCUUCUCACAUCUUAGUCCUC